AUGUCCUCUGCGAGUACUCGAGUUAACAUAGAACGACACCCCAUUGAGUUCGUCCACUCCAUAUCAGAAGCCGGUCGUUUACUCCCCUCGUCGAGCCGGUGGAACUCGAUAGAGCUCGAGUAUAGCCUUUUUCCACCAUCUCUUUCAACUUAUGAUUCACUUCCCUCAAAAUUCUCUAAAUCGGUUAAUUUUGAUCUUGUUAUCACUGACAAAAAGUUCUUCAAACGUUUUCUUUACAUAUCAGCUUUAGUCAUUUUUCUCAUCAUUUCUCUCAUUUUGCUUGUACACUUUUUUCCCCGGAAAAAUCAUCACCAUGGACCUUCUAAGAAUCUCACGCUUGCGGUCAACCAAGCUCUCACUUUCUUUGACGCUCAAAAGUCUGGGCCCUAUCCGAAGAACAGUCCCGUGAAAUUUCGAGGAGAUUCGGGGUUGGAGGAUGGCAAAUUUGGUACGGUACAAGCUGAUCUUGUGGGUGGUUUUUAUGAUUCAGGGAACAACAUGAAGUUUAGCUUUCCUACAGCUUAUACAGUAACGUUAUUGAGUUGGAGUGUGAUUGAAUAUCACCAAAAAUAUAGUGAGAUAGGUGAGCUUGACCAUGUUAAGGACAUCAUCAAAUGGGGUACUGAUUAUUUGCUCAAACUUUUCGUUCCUCCUUUCAAUUCAACUUCAGAUACCAGAUUGUAUUCCCAGGUUGGGACAGCGGGAAAAGACACAAAAACACCAAACGACAUGAACUGUUGGGAAAGACCAGAGGACAUGGAUUAUACGAGACCAGUUUCGUAUUGUGAUAGUUCAAAGGCAUCGGAUCUGGCGGGAGAAAUGGUGGCGGCGUUAUCAGCAGCAUCGUUAGUGUUCAAGGAAGAAAGUAGUGAUGGUGAUCAAUACUCAGAAAAAUUGGUCAAAACAGCUGAGAAGUUGUUUGAAGUGGCGACUAGGAAAGACCCUUCUGAGCAAGGAACAUACACUAGUGAUAUUGAUGAUAAGUGUGGAAAAGAAGCAAGACAGUUUUAUAAUUCAUCUGGGUACUUAGAUGAGCUUGUCUGGGCAGGCACUUGGUUGUUCUUCGCUACUGGGAACACUUCUCAUCUUGAAUAUGCAACCCAAAUGUUUACUUCCGCACGCAGUAAUCAGACCAUUUUCGACCAAGGCUUGUUCUAUUGGAACAACAAGCUUACUGCUAACGCCAUUUUGCUAACUCGUCUCCAAUUCUUUAAUGACCUUGGCUUUCCUUACGAAGACGCCAUGAGUGAAUCGGCAGCUAUGAUAAACUCCCUAAUGUGCUCUUAUGUUUCGGCUCCAAACUUCAACAACACUACACCAGGUGGAUUAGUGAUACAAACGGUAGAAGAUGGGGCACCACUACUCCAAUUCAGUGCAACGGCCUCUUUCCUCAGUAAGUUGUACAGUGACUAUCUCCAAGCCCUAAGAAGGUCUGGUGGAAGCUGCACUGAUCAUAGCUUCUCCAUUGAAAUGCUUAGGACCUUCUCCACAUCUCAGGUGAAUUAUAUACUAGGAGAUAACCCAAUGAAGAUGAGCUACAUGGUGGGAUUUGGUGGCCAGUAUCCAAAACAAGUUCACCAUAGGAGUGCCUCCAUUCCAUGGGACGAUCAACCUUACACCUGCGAGGAUGGACACAAAUGGCUACAGUCUAAGGACCCAGACCCUAAUAUUUUGGUCGGGGCGAUGGUGGCCGGACCAGACCAAUCUGACAAGUUCUUAGACCAAAGGGACAAACCAUGGUUCACCCAACCCACUAUUUCAAGCAAUGUUGGUUUGGUUGCUGCUCUCAUUGCUCUCCAUGAUCCUCCUCUUCCUACCCAUUCCUCUAGCCCUAACUUGGGAAUAGACAUUUUAGGUCUCUUUGAAAAUAUCAAAUUAUAA